AUGAAUUUGGCACAAGAUGUGAAGCUUGAUUCUUUCGAGGUUUUAUUGAUUAAAAAUGAAAGUGUUACUGAUGGAAAGCAUUAUAAAAUGGCUCUUGGUAACGACAAAAAUAUAGUUCUGUCUUCAAGUCGCAUUGUGAUUGGAAACAUGUUUGGGUUGGAACUGGAAGGACGACAUUUAAAAAACGUCUCUUACUUCCCUUACUGUGAAAAGGAUUUCGAGAUAUUCACAAAACUCACGGGAAUCACUCCAAAAUUUUUUGGCCGCUUACCAGACCAAAUUUUAAUUUAUGGACUUCAAUGA